AUGUCUGAAUUGAAUAAACACAUCCAACAUGCUCUUGGAUCGAGUGAUGAUGUUCGGAUUGGAGAAUUAAUUUUCAAUGCUGCUCCAAUCAUUCAACAAGACGGAUUAGAAUACUUUAUUUCCCAAUACAAGAAUGAAAAGAUUGAUAUUGCCAUCAUUGGCUUUCCCUUUGAUGAAGGAGUGAAACGAAAUGGAGGACGAGUGGGAGCCAAGAAGGGUCCUGAAUCAUUCCGAAAGAUGAUCCGACGUGCUGGAACGAUUAUCAAUGUAGAGAAGAGUACGGAUUGUUCCCAAUUGAAAAUUGUAGAUCUCGGGGAUGUUCAUCUUGAUGAUGAAAGUAAUUUAGAGAAGGCUCAUGAAUUAUUGGAAGAAUUUGUACAUAUGGCUUUACAUCAAUUACAAGUUGGUGCAGUGUUUGUUUUAGGAGGAGGUAAUGAUCAGAGUUAUCCCAAUGCAAAGGCUUUACUACGUCAUGUAGGUCAAUUUCAUUCGGUUGGAGUGGUGAAUCUGGAUGCUCAUUUGGAUGUUCGGGAUUUAAAGAAUGGAAAACAUCAUUCUGGAUCACCAUUCCGAAGACUUUUAGAAACACCUGGAUUCAAGGGCCAACAUUUUGUCGAGUACGCCGCUCAGGGCUCUCAAUGUUCACAAGUUCAUGCCAAUUAUGUGUUGGAUAAGGGAGGAAAAAUCUAUUGGCUUUCCAAAGAUUUGGAAGGUUCAGGAGCAAUGAAUGUUUUUCGACAAGUCAUUGAAAAGGAUUUUGAAAACACUGAGAGUAUCUUUGUGAGUUUUGAUUUGGACAGUGUGUCGAUGGCCUAUGUCACAGGCGUUUCAUGUCCGUCUCCACUUGGAUUGAGUGCACAACAGGCGUUAGAUAUUUGCUUUUAUGCAGGAACUCAACAAAAAGUUAAAUUAUUUGACCUUAGUGAAUAUAAUCCAACCAUUGAGGAAUAUAACACUGGGAAAAUGGUUGCAGCCAUGUUUGUACAUUUCUGUAUGGGAUAUUCAUUAAGAAAUAAGCAGUGA